AUGCCCGUAUUCUCAAAUCCGCAAUCUACCUCCCAUGAUUCAGCCGAUAAGUGUGCCUGUGUAGAAGGCACAUGUCACGAUCCAAACCACAAACACAAUGCAGAAGGACAAAAACGCGAUUUAAUUAAGAAAGAACAAAUUGUACCAAAGAGAAAUCAGAGACAAUCACUCACCACCGAAAUAUCGAACGUAAGGUUAUGGCCGAGUACCACUUGCUCAUUGUAUUCGGGUUCGAGGUUCAAAGGAGAGCAGAGAAGUGGAAGAAGCAGUUAUGAGGUUGCUGUGCAUAUUCAGCACGUAAAUCUUGCAGAAUCUUCUCUUUGUGGAUAUCUCCAUAUCAAAGGCCUUACCGAGGAUUAUCCGGAAUUGACUACAUUCUUUGAAGCCGAGAUUAUAGGCAGAAAACAUAGUUUUCUAACAAAGAAGUGGGAUGCGAAUGAUAAUAUUGAUAUCCAACACUGGACUCGCUUCCCAGCCUUCCGACCAAUCCACAAAUCAAUGAAACUCGAUGGCUUUUCUUAUGAUUUCCACAACAAGGACUUCAUUUUCAUGCGAUGGAAAGAACAUUUUCUUGUACCAGAUCAUAGAGUCAAAACUAUAAAUGGUGCAAGUUUUGCUGGGUUUUACUAUAUAUGCUAUCAAUCUAGUACCGGCGUGAUUACUGGGUUCUACUACCAUAAAAAUUCAGAGUGGUUCCAAGAACUCAAACUACGCCAUUGCCCAGACAAUUCGUUCCCAUCAUUUGAAUUUCGAUGA